GGCCCACGGCCACCAACCGCCCCCGCCGCCGCCCCCGUCCCCGGCGUUCCUGGACCUCCCCUGGCCCCGCCGCCUCCUACCACAUCCGGCGACCAGGAACGCUCCUGGUCAGGCGCAAGGGUUGCGCGCGACCUCCAGUCGCCGCCCGUUCACCCACCCCGCUGCGGCGGGAACCACCUACCCCGCCCAGAUCCGCCGGUGCGCUCGCCGGAUCCUGCCUCAUCGCCGGUUCCCGCGACAUAGGCAGCCACCGGAUCGGCUAAGCCGCUGCAACCCCUGCAAGAAAGCUCGACGGCGGCUUCCCCUGCUUCUUCCUGUGCGUCGCUGGAAGGCCCGCGUCCCCGCGCGAUGCCACCGUCGGAGAACAACUCGUGCAACAGCAGGUCGCCGGAGAAAGCUCAGGCUGCAACUGCUGGAUCCCACCGCCAUGGCCACUCACCUCGCGCCAUCGCCGAACUGCCGAGGCCUAAGCAGCGACCUGUCCGAGGCCAAAGCUCGACCUUCAUGCUUGUAUCUUCUCCAAGUUGCUGCUACCUGCAACGGAGAGGGGGAGGCUGUAGUCCAGCACUAUCACGGGAGGAAGUGCUCUUACUUUCUUCUGAAAUCUGGAAAGGAUCUGAUGUUUGCGUUGGGCCGUCAAAAGAGAUUGGAGCUAUAGAAUUGGCCCUUAGGAAUUGUUCAGGCAGAUCAACAAAUACAUAUUUUUUCGGACGACCAUAUCUACCCGAUUUGACUCGCUUGAGGAGGCAUACGAGUUCUAUAACCUGUACUCAUGGGAAUUGCUUUCGGGCAUUUUUGGUACAUGACCAGUUAAAUGAAAGGCGAUCAGUACUGGUCAUCUCAGGAUCUAGGGUGCCAGAUGGAGGGUGUUGACUCGAGGUGCUAGAAUGACUCUGUGAGAUUUGGUUUCAAAGGCAGUGAUCCAGCUUCACAAGUCCGACGACCAUGGUUGCUUUGUGGCACCGCCGCGUUCCCCGACAUCUCCAUGCCACUGCCCCUGUCUCCCUGCUCGCAACGGCGGGGCUCAUCAGAUACUACCGAGUAUCUCAGCAAGUUCAAAUAAUUUGAACAUGCAAAAAUGUUGUGUUCGAGAAGGUCAAGUGUGUUAUGUGCAUCACCUCGCCCCCACUAAAUCUUCUGCAUUUUUUGUGUAUUCUUCAAAAGUUCAGGUCAUCAUGAGUUGCUUCGAUUGAGCUACUGCUAUGAAAAAGUUCACCUCAGAGGCAGGUCUAUGCGUGCAAACCGGGAAGGACGACGAACCACGCCUGGUGUCGCUACCAUCGUGAACAGAUGGAUGAAGAAGGUCACCAUAGAAGCAAUGAGAAGGUCACCAUAGAGGUAGGGAGAAGGUCACAUAAGGUGCAGGAAGAUUGUCAGAGUGCAGGAACGGGUGUGUGAUCUUUGUGCUGUUUUGGGGGUGCAAAUUAACAUGGGUAUGCGAUCUCACAUCCUGUGUAUUCUUGAGAUGGCCUACCUUAGCCUCAAAACCAUAUGGCCUAUAAGUAUGAUAGUCCCAAUGCUACGGUCACGUGUAAAGAAAAUUAGAUAUAUACAUGUACAGAACCUACAACAACUUUAUGAGGAGUUGAUGGAUUAUUCAAUGGUUGUUGCUGCCACUA